AUGCGGCUUGUCCACAUCAGUGUCGAUUUGACAGAAGCCUGGCGAAGUCUCAUACACACCAAAGUACAGCUGCCAGUGAAAUCUGGUGCUGUUGCCAUAUUCACGACACCCCUAUGGAUCCAAGAAUCUCACCGGGAUAAUGGGCCGGUCGCAGGGGUUGCAGGAUUGUAUUUCACAUCUGCAUCCGAAGACAAAACACUGCGUUGGUGUCGCAAUCCAACGAGACCAUCGGAGUACUACGUGGAGAUACCUACGGACACCGACGUGAUACACGCCGUGUUUGAUGCCGUUAUCACGCGGAAGGCUACGAGGCGCAUGGUAAUGCUAUGCUGGGAGCAUGUUCUGCUUUAUCCGGCCCGCCGAGAUGUUGAUAAGAUUCGCAUACAGGCGUCUGUUAUAGUUCCACGGGGAUGGCGAACCGGGACCGCCCUUGAGAACCUUGGGCAGCCUAUCAUCACAGACACUGCAGACGAAGGGGGCCAAACUUUGCUUUAUCAGCCAACAAGCCUAGCCCGUCUGGCGGACUCGCCUGUCCUGACAGGUCUCCACUUCGACCAGUAUGCCGUUACAACAGACCAAAGGCAUGUUCUGUGCGUUGCUGCAGAUAGAGAAGAGUAUGCGGCUGUACCACAGGACACACUAGACCGGCUGGCGAGCCUUGUUGGGCAGACUUCGGCUGCCUUUGGGGCUAGACAUUAUGACACAAUUUGGUUCCUUGUCGCUUUAACCGACUACUGGCCUGGUCCAGGCGGUUCCGAACACCAUGAUUCGUGCGAUAUCGUCCUGCCUUUAAAGACGCUGUCAGACACAAAACACCUGGAGAAAAAUGGUACCGCGAUAGCUCACGAGUUUGUACACUCAUGGAAUGGCAAGUUUCGCCGACCGGCCGGGCACAUGCCUCGUGACUUUGCAACGCCGCUCGAUGCUAGACUGCUGUGGGUGUACGAGGGUCUCACCCAGUAUUACGGCGGCGUUCUUUCCGUCCGCGGCGGCCUUGCUUCGUCCGUCUUUUACCGCGCAGAGCUCGCCCGGACGGUUGCACGGCUAGAAGGCCAAACAGGCCGUCUUUGGCGCUCUUCCGAGGAUACCUGCACUGGGACUAGUCUACGUGGCGGCUCAGCGUGGGAAAAUUGGAAGCGGGACGGCCAGGAUUACUACGAUGAUGGAGUGCUCUUGUGGCUUGAUGUCGACACUCUAAUCCGCAGUAAAACCAACAGCAAGCGCUCUCUCGACGACUUCACGAGAGCAUUUUUUGGGCAGGGUACCCCGACAAGUCCUACGGUGAUCCCAUAUACCCUGGAUGAUAUAGUGGCCAGCCUGGACACUGUUGCCGGCAAUAAUUGGCAGGCUUUCUUUGAUAUGAAAGUGAUUAUGGUCUCGCCCCGGGUUAAUAUCGAAGGUAUCGAGCGCGCCGGAUACCAAUUUACUUUCGUGGCGGAGCCCGGUAUCGACCAAGAGCAGAAUUCCGAUGAGGGGACAAGCGACGCAGUCUGGAACUCGAUAGGAGUGCGUUUGGGGGAAGACGGCCGAUUAGUGGAUGUACGACGUGGAAGCGCGGCUGAUACCGCCAAACUUGCUCCGAGACAGACUGUUGUGAAAGUCGGCGAGGUCCAGUUCAGUUUGAAGACUCUUGCAGCUGAGAUUACGGCGAAUAAGGACGCCCCUGGUAGUCGUAUCCGAUUCACCAUGACACAAGAGGGUGAUGAGUGGCUAGCUGAACUUGAUUACCACGCCGGGUUACGUUAUCCGAGGCUGGAGCGUCAGGCCUACGUACCCGACAUGCUUUCUGCUAUCCUGCAUGUAGGUGAUGUUGAUUUGUGA